GUUGAGUCAUUAUCAUUGAUCGUAUGAAUGUUGAUCAAAAUUCAAUAUUCAAUAUGGAAAUGGAACUUCAAUGAAAAGUGUUAUGUUAAUACUGUGGUGGAUGGAAAGUGGAUGUUGUUCAAGUAUUGAGGGAUGAAUCCAUAAUCAAACACUUCCGAUGCAAUAUGUACCGUGACGUAGACCCAUAGAUAAUUACUUACCAUAGAAUAGAUAGCGGGAUUUCCCCGAUUCUAUUUAACAAUUUGAUAGUAUUUGAUAAGCAAUGUAAUUGGCAAAUAGAAAGUGUCGAUAAAUUGCUGAUGAAUAAGAAUAAGUAAGAUAAACUGAAUCAUUUUCUAAAUUCAUCUGAAAUAGGUAGGUUUCAACUUUUGAACAAUUUGUUUUACGAAGAAAGUUGAACAGCAGAAUGGUAGUGCAAAAGACUCCAGUUUCCAUUUUACAAGAAUUAAUGCAACGCAAUCAGAAACCAAUACCAACUUAUUCUUCAUCAGAUGUAGCUAAUGUAAAUGGAGAUUUUACAUGUAGUCUAUCAGUGGAUGGCAUACAGACCGUAGGCUAUGGGAAAACUAAGAAGGAAGCUAAGCAUAAUUCUGCUAAAAAUGCAGUUGAUAUUUUACAGCAUAAAUAUAGCAAUAAUUUAAUAAAAACGACAGAUGUGAUAAUAGCACCCAAGGCUGUACAGUUUACUACGUCACCUAUGGUAAAUUAUGUAGGAGCCUUGAAUGAAUUUUGUUCAAAGAAGUCAAUUUCUUAUCCUGAAUAUAAUGAGAAGGGCUUUGAUGGACAAGAUUUUAAUAUAACAUGCUCACUAAAUGACAUUAUUGCCUUAGGAAAAGGUACUACUAAGAAAGUUGCUAAGCAAGAGGCUGCUCGUGUUGUAUUGGAGAGAGUGAAAUUGUCUAACAAGUUUCCCAUGGCAGAAAUGCAAAAAUUUGUUUGUGAUGAAGCUAGUACUAAAAUAAUAACUGAAAUGUAUAAAGAAUUAACCAUAAUGGAAAAGAAAUUUGUUCCACCUGAACUAAAUAUUUCCACUGAAUUAGAUUUUUCCAUGUGUAAUUUAAAGCAGCUGCAAGAUGUAGGAGUACUGCCAUUGGAACAGGAGGAUUAUCCACCCACAGAAAAAUCUGAAGAAAAAUUAAGAAAUAUGGGAAUUGAUGACUACUCUGUUUCUGUUUUUGUAAGAGAACCUUUAAUGUUAGUUUUUAAAGCAAAAGAGGUAAUUCCUGCUACAUUUACAUUAAUACAGGAUGGUGCUACAUACACAGAAACAAAAAGAAUUUUGUUAGCUACUGCAGUAAAAUUCAUAUACAUUUUAAAAAGUCAAUAGAAUGAUUAAGCUAUUUGAUGUUACGUACUAUUUAAUUUUACAAUGUUAAUAUAAACUUAUUACUAAAGUAAGGAAUAAAGUCAAGGUGACUGUUAUAUUAUAUUGUAUACAAAUAUGAGGGGAGGAGUAUGUUUUUAAAAUAUGUUAAUGAGUGUAAUUGAUAAAUAAAAAAGGCAAUGUACCUAAA